UCCCGGGAGAGCGCGUCCGCAUCACCGAGAGAGAGAGAGAGAGAGAGAGAGAGAGAGAGAGAGAGAGAGAUGAGGCUGUUCGAUCCAUGGCCAGUGUUCUUCAAGAGGGAAUGGAAACGUUGUUGGCCGUUCAUCACCGGUUUCGCCAUCACUGGAGCCAUCAUCACUAAAUUCACUGCUGGGCUCACCGAGGAAGACGCGAAGAACUCGAAGUUCGUCCAGCUUCACAGGAAGAGUUGAUCCGUGGAAGAGAAAUGGAGAAGCUGAGGGUAAGCAUUUCACGGGAAACAUAGGAUGAUUCUUCAGCUCUCAGUCUAGCUCAUAAACAUGAAAGGAGAGAGCAUUCUUCUUCCACAUCCAUCCACACCAAGAAUAAACACCUCUUUUUCCUCUCUCUUUCACUUGGAGCUGUUGAAUAAUGUGAAGCAAUGCUUUGAUGUUUGAAAUGGGUUUUGUUUUGUCCACUC